AUGUUGUUCUGGGGUCAGUCGGCUGUAGCGCCAAUUCCCGGUGAUCGAGUGGUGCCACUUCAUUUUUUCGAGGAUAGCCUGCUUGUCCAGGGUAACAACAUGGCCGUGUCGCUCGUGUUUGAUGCAGUGCUAGACCCGGAAAUAUUGCGUGAGUCUCUCGGAGGCUUGGUUAAGCAAGAAGGUUGGCAAAGGCUAGGAGGCCGACUGAGAAAAAACGCCUCGGGUAAGAUCGAAUGGCAUAUUCCAGCCCAAUUUUCGGCUGACAGACCGGCGAUCUCCUUCGCGCAUGUCGACCACGGCAUGCCUGCCGCCUCGCACCCGGCAGCCUCCCGGAUACCAAAGCCACAGACGCGGCCCUGUGUUGUCGGCGAUCCGGACGAUUUAGAAGGCCUGGCAUGGGAGCCUGGAUACAAGCCCAACGGGAUCAAUGACUAUCUUACGGCUGACAUCCCUGUCGUGGGGCUGCGUGUCAACUCUUUCACCGACAAGACCGUCGUAGUUUUGCAAUGGCAACAUGUCGCUUUCGAUGCGCUCGGAUUACAAUAUGUUGUCGAGGGGUGGAGCUCGAUGCUUUGGGGCAAGGCAACCGAAGUAUUGACCCCGUGUGGCCUUGACUCAGAUCCGUUCAAUACUCUUCGCGAAGGUCUGCGUCCCACGACGGAAGAACAUGUCCUGAAAGAUAAAAGGGUUGGUUUAGGGGGAUUGCUGAGGUGGGGAUUGGGUUACGGUGUUGAUAUGGUGCUUCGAGCCAAGGAAAACCGCAUGGUCUGUAUUCCAGAGACGUACUGGCGAGCGCAGUGGGAGAAGGCCAUCGAGGAGCUUCGUGCCGAGGCUGCUGCGAACGGUGAGGAUCCCUCAAAGGUUUUCUUGACUGAAAACGACGUUUUAACAGCCUGGAUUUUGCGGUGUGUGGUUCGCGAGAUGGGAUCAAGCCCCGGGCGGACGGUAGCUGCAUCAAUUGCCAUGUCGCUCCGCAAAUCUUUUGAGGGUGAUCUCUUACCUUCCUCCGCCGAGCACCCUUACGUUGGUAAUGCCUUCGGUUGGGCCAACGUACUUGUCACCGCGGGUGAUGUAGAUACCAAGCCGCUGAGCUGGCUCGCACGGCAGGUCCGGCGCGCCAUCAACGAGCAGGGAACUCGUGCUCAACACGAGGCAUAUUAUGCCAUGGUUCGCACAUCCAGAACUGGUCUGCCAAUUGUCAUUGUUGGGGAUGGGGGUAUGGCCCAGGUUGGUUUCUCCAACUGGAGCAAGGCUGGCUUGUUCGACUUGGACUUUUCUCCGGCUCGUCGGGGACCCAGAAAUGACAGCUUGUCCUGUAAGCCCUCCUAUAUCCAGGAGAAUCAUGGCCCUGUCAAGCCCGCGGAUGGUUUCUUCAUCUUGGGGAAGGAUGAGAAGGGAAACUACUGGACUUCGGCGUGCAAGGUCAAGGGGCAGUGGGCAAAGUUUGAGGAGCAGCUGAAGGAAUUUGAUAUGUCUGAUUCGAAAUGA